AAUUCAGAAAUAUGGCAUGGUGUGUUUGCCAUUUUCAAAUAGAUGACUCCGUAGAAGUUGUCCCAAAUAAUUGGAUAAUUAGUGAAAGUCUAUGUGUGUGGCCAUUGGUGACAAAACCAUCUAAAUUAUCUGAGCUUAUUAAAAAAAAAGAAGUUCCAAAAAAUGAUUGGAAAACAAUAAGUGUCAGAAUUUUAGGACGAUAUGACGAUUAUAAAACAGCUCAAAGAAAAUGCAAAACAGCAUUAGACAGAGAUAAUCUCUCGUCACUAUCUGAGGCUGCUGAAUAUGGAAAAGGACUUCGUGGACAGAAACGUAAAAAAAUAUAUAGUGAUACAGAAAAUACCGAUACCGAUACCGAAAACGAGUGUAACGAUGAAGAAGAAUUGUCCAUUAAUUUUCCGACAUAUAAUGCAGAUAAAAGUAUAGUUUCAUCAAAAUCGGCACAUAAAGAUUCGACUAAUACAGCACAUAGUAAUAAAUCGAAUAAUUACCAAUUCGAAGAAAACAAAAAUAAUCAAAAUUCUGACAAUAAAAUUUUAACUGAGAUUCAUACUAAUUUCCAAAGACAUGCAAGUGAAAUGAAAGAAUUUCGACGCCAAGUUCUACUACAUCUACAUGGCAUAAAUACUCGAAUGGGGGAAUUGAAUCAGCACAUAGAUUCAUUACAGCAGCCUAAUUUUCCUGUAGAUCAAGAAAAUCAAAAUAUAACAAAUGAAGACUCACUAAAAUGCAUAGAAAAUUUGCCUAUAAAAUCAAAUCUCGAGCUUAAAGAAAUUGAAAGAAGUUUACAAGAUAAACAAAUAUUCAAUGACGUAGCUACGGAAUUAUCGAGAAUGGGCGGUAAUAAUCUUAAAAUUAUGGUGAAGAAAGUGAUGUGUCGAAUUAUAACGGCAGAAAUAGGAAGGUAAUACAGCUGGGAAGGCCAUAAAGGCAACCGGAUUUUUAAGGAUUUAAACCUGGCGAAAUUAGUCCUAAAAUCCAUAAGACUUACUAUGAAAAGAAGUGAUGUACAUAUAACGGACAAUGAAAUUAUCAACAUCAUUAAAAUUUGGUUAGUUAAAGCCAAAUUAAAAACAAAGAAGCCUUCAUUGUCAGUACAGCAAACCAAUUCUGAAACUAAUCGUUCAACUGAUAGUGAGCAUUAAAAAGAAGUUCCUUGAAGUCUUAAAGUACAAAUAUCCGUGAAAAUAUUAAAGUAU